GUAAAUGGAUGUAACGUACAGCUCAUCUUUUGAAUCGGAAGAUGAUGAAGUGGCACAAGACGAAAAGGGAAAAAGUAAUUUUCCCAAAGACUAUAGUACUAAUGUGGAAGAAAACAAUACGGAUUUGGAUAUGCUUUGUAAAGGCGUGAAUAACCUUCCAUUGAUUAGAAACACAACCCCAAAAAUGAGACUAAAAUCCUAUUGGGUGUUAGAUAAAAAUCCUAAAUACGUGAAUCAACAAUGUGACGUUCAAAAUUUUCUCGAAAACAAAAUGGUGAAAGCUCAAAAUGGGCAAAAGAGAAUUUUUUUAAAACCUGCCUUCUACACGAAACGGGAAAUUUUCAAUGGUAGCGCAUCAAUCAACAGGAGAAAACAGCUGAAGCAAAUUGAGCACGAUAACAUGAUCCUAUUAAAAAAACUGCAAAACGUGAAGCCAUCUUCCGAGGUGACAAGCUGGAAAAAAUGUAAAAGAACUAGUAGUGCACUUUCAAAUCAGUCGACAAAAUGAGAAACGCAACACAAGAUCGACAAUUACGCAAAACCAGAAACGUUAAAAUAAAUGUCUGAAUGAAUAAACAAAAAUGAAUGACUAUA